CCUUCAAAUGACCAAAUCAAAAUCUCUUGUAAAAAUGAGCAAAGUUAGAAGGAUGCCUCUCCAACAAGACUAUUAUGAGAUGAGUUCUUCUAAAAGUUCUGUGAUAGACACUUACACAGGGAAAGUAAAAGACCAUAUAACGAAAUACAACCUUAACGAUUUAUUCGAGAAUCCUCCUGUGUUUGAUACCCCAAUAAUGAACUUCAAGGAGGAUUCUAUUCAGAAUUUCUGGAGUUUCCUGGCUAACAAAGUGUUUUCUACUGGAGGAAGUUUAGUAAAAUUAAGAAGGAAAUAACUUAGAAAAUUUUGACAGCCUCAAGAGAAACAAGCGUGGGGCUCACACCGCAGCAAGGAGAUCCAGAUGUUUCAAAAGACCUCAGUUAGUUAAAAGAAGAUCAACCAUUAGAAUAAAGCAGAAGUUCAAUGCUCUCAAAAGUAACAAUGAAAGCUCCUUCAGUAAACAGUCCAAAUGAGGAACCUAAGAAGCAGUCAAAGUCAGCAGAGAAACCUCGGAAAAGACAGAGAUACAACAGCACAGAGAUCCUCACUGCUAUGCUGUCAAAACGAGCAGACCCACCUGAUAGUCCAAGGAAAACGAUCAAAUUACAAGCAAGUCCAUCUCCUUCCUUGAGAAAGCUAAAUUUGGCUGAGAUCAAAGAAGACAUUACUCCAAAUUUUGUUGAGAGUUCGGUCAAUCUAGACCAAUCAGAAGAUUUUCAAGAGAGCUUGCUUAAAAGGAUCGAUUCAGGCAUUUCGUCAAAAAGUCAAAGUCUUGAGUCUCAAGAUCGAAACAAAAGAAACAGAAUGAAGACAUUCAAAGAUCUCAAACUCAAGCAUAAACUGAAUUUUAGGAAUAAAUAAGAUUACUUUCACAAAGAGAAACCUGAACAAAUCACUAAACCUACAAGGAACCCUUAAGAGCAAACCAAGAUCUUCGUUCACAAAGUGUUUCAGAAAAAUCUUCAAAGUUCUACAAAAUGGACAAAGUAUACGUAAAAACCUUCGAAAUUAUUCAACAAUGAGAAAUAGCAGAGUACCGUCAUCAAAUAAGUUGAAAAUAAUGAAAGAAAAAUAACAUGAAAAUGUCAUCAAAUCUCAUGAGAUCAUUCCAGACAGAGUUGAAUAAGAUACAGACUGGCAUGAACAGGAGCUAUUUCUUGAGACAUAAUACUAUACUAACUGGAAACACAACAAGGAUUCAGGCUGAUAAAAGUUUUAACCAAAAAGCAAGGUCAAAGUCAAGGCUUAUUUUCACAUCAUCUCUUCAAAGAAACCCCCAUAAAAAGCCAAAAAGCAUUGAAAACUCUUUCAGUCUAGGCACAACUAGGCUAAAUUUCCAUCCUUCAGCAGUUAUAGCAGUUGGAACUCCCUUCAAACCCUUUGCCAAAAGCACCAAAAGAAGGCAGCAUGAUUAA